UGUCAAGAAUGCAACCAAUGUUAAUCUCUAAUACAAGCCAUAGGUUUGAUGAAUCUGUUAAGCUUAACUUUGUUUUAGCCUAAUAAAAGUAACGUUAGUUUCUUUUCUUUUUUACUUCUGAAGAUAAAAGUUCAUCGUAGAAUAAUCUGCAACUGAAAUUGGAAAUCACAGUUUAGGUAUUUGCAGCCAUACAGUAGUAACAAGACUAUGGCUAGAGCCUCAUGUUGUUGAUGAAGACAGCUUGUUUAUAGGUAUUUCUCAACAUAUCAUGGAUCCAGUUGCCAGUUCACAUACACCAGAAACUGAUGAAAUAGUUUUUAUCAGUAGUAUGUCUGACAGCAUGGAAGAGGAAGUACAAAAAGAACCAGGGAACAAGAAAAGACAAAGUACACAUCUGAAGAGGGCUUUAGAAAAGAGUAAUGAUUGGCUGUCUGCUGAUAAUGAAUCCGGUAUUCAUCCUACCUCUAAAAAACCUGCAUCGAGAACUCCUAAAAAAAGAAUCAACAUCAAAAAAGUGGUAGGAAAAGACAAAGAAGUUUCAAGUAAUAAAGAACCUAAUGAAGAUAACAGAGUAGUUAAUACAAAUCCUGUUCCUACUGUUACUGACAAACCUCAAACUUCUAAUCAGAAUGGGGGAGUUAAAAGUAACAAUUCCGUGGAAACAUCCAAACAAAUGUUUUUUUUUAGAGUAGUACCAGUAAAUCCUUUAGCCAGUGGUCCUCGACAGCAACAGCAACAACUGGUUAAUGGAAGGAGUUGGAAGUAUGCAACUAUACUGAAUGCAGACAUAUCUCCAAGGAGGCCAUUGCAUCCUGAAGAGGUAGGCCAAGAGAAGACCAGAGCACAUCAACAGAUCAUGUCUCAACUAGCCUCAAAUAAUGUACAAAUUACUCCAGUUUCUAGUAAGGAACAUGGAGCCUCCUCGUUUGAACAGUUUGCCGUGUGUGCGCACUGUGGUCAGUUAAGCAGGUGCUUCACUAGGUGUGACUUCUGUAAGACAGUCUUGCCUCAGCCUGUCAAGGUACACAAAAAAUCUGUAAUGAAGGACCUGGUUAUCUCCGGAAACUCGUGGACAUCGUUGACCAAACAGAAGUUCUAUGGUAGCAAGCUAGCGGAACAUUAUCAAGCCCUUGGAGGAGACGAGCACCAAGGAGAGAAGAUCUUUUCUAGUUCAGGUGAAGCCAAACAAAUGAAAAAAACAAGAACAAAAGGACAAGAACCAGAAUGUCUUACACUAUCUUCUGAUGAUGAAGACAGUAAAGAAAACACAAGCGUGCACUCGCAAGUAAAUUCUGGUUCAGAUGAUUUGGUUAUUGACAACAAUUCAGAAUUUUUUGAUGAUAAAAUGUUAACUCAGGCUACCUCGACCAUCUUUGCACAGAGAACAGAGAGAAUGAGAGACAAGGAUGGAAAUUUAAUGAUGGGAGCUCCAGUUGCUCCAUCUUCUAUGCAGCAUACAGCAGUGGCUGUUAACUUGCAAGGCCAACCCGUCAUAACGGAAAGUGUUGCAAAAACGAACCAGUCAUCAGCAGGGGAAUUUUCACUAAGUUGUCGAAGUAUUCGUGUUGGUUCAUUUAGAGUUCAUGCUGAAAUACUGGACCUGGUAUCUGUAAACAAGGAUAGUCUGACUCUCAAGUUGCCAACAUUAUCUAAUUCUGAUGAAACUGUCACUUUGACACUUCAAACGGAGGAUAUAGUUCGUGUGCUUGCACAUUUUGGAGAUUCACUACCAGUGUUGUUUAUUUACUCAACCCCUGUUUGUGGUACAUUAAUCCGAAAUCAUCUGUGUAUGGAUAAAAAGCUAGGACCAUUUUAUGACCCAGGGGGGAGAGAUGAGACACAAAAAAGAAUUACCGUCCUACCACAUGAGAUCACCAAUGAGCAGCGAUUAUUUUUUCGGACUCUCUUUCUUCCUGGCAAAGUUGAAGAGAUUGACCAGAAGACAGCAAAUGAAAUCUUAGUUAGGUCCACACCUGUGAACAUGGCCUUUACUAAUAAUCGCUUGGGAAAGUUAAAUGCACUCCCUGUAGCAACUCGCUCAUCGAAUCUCUUGGUGCAGAGUGGUAUUGCUGCCCAGUGUCCUUCCGAGAAGCCUGUCAAAAAACUCUUGGUAUAUCCACCUCCACCCCAAACUGGUGGCAUCACCAUCACUAACGAGGAUUUAGAGUGUCUCGCAGAAGGAGAGUUUCUAAAUGACGUCAUCUUAGAUUUCUACCUGAAGUACAUAAUUAUGGAGAAACUUUCGGAGGAAGAUCGCCAAAGAACUCACAUAUUUAGCUCUUUCUUCUAUCCGCGUCUCACUGCUAAUCCAGGCAGCAAGCCACUUUCAGAGGAGGAGGCCAGCAUGACCGUUCAAGAGAGACGUCAUAACAGAGUUAAAAAAUGGACUCGUCAUGUGGAUAUCUUCCAAAAGGAGUUCAUCAUCGUACCCAUCAACCAGAAUCAUCACUGGUUUCUUGCUAUCAUCUGCUUCUCAGGCCUGGUGAAAGACAAGGUUGUCAGUUCUGCUAAAUCUACUGGUGAGACAGAACCUAGUCCUGCUUCUAGUCCUGGUACGGAACAGCAAGCUAAUUCCAGUAUGACAAUACAGGAAGAAGAACCCAUUGGGGUAACUUCCGGCUCAGAUCCAAAAGAGGGUCAGUUAGAGAUGGAGGAACCAGAGUCUCCACUUCCAGCCAAAAAAGCAUCGCCUAACUUGUCCACUGAAGAACAAGAAGAUCCCAUUCCAAAAUCUCAAAGUCCAUCUGAACAUAAACAAGGACCAGCUAAAUCUUCUAGUAAUCCUGAUCUCCCAAAGAAAGAGCCAUGUAUUCUUGUGUUCGAUUCUUUACUGGGACCAGCACGAUGGAGGAUAGUAGCCACGCUGAGAGAGUACUUAGCCUGUGAAUGGAAGGCAAAGAAAGGAGCGACAAAAGUUUUUGAUCGAGACACGAUGCGGGGAUACACUCCCAGGGUGCCACAGCAAACCAACUUUAGCGACUGUGGUCUCUAUGUAUUGCAGUAUACAGAAAGUUUCUUUGAGAAUCCUUUACCGUGGUUUGGUAGGCCUAUGCCUUGUCUUGAUGACUGGUUUCAUGAGGAAAAAGUAAUGGGGAAAAGAGCCGAGCUUAAGGACCUUAUUUUACAGAUCCAUAAACAACAAGCCUCACAACAACUGCUAACUACUCCAAAAUCCCACCAGAGGGCACAACCCUUACUACAGGGUACUUGUCCAGGUCAAGACUCUGUUUCCAAAAAUAAUAAUCCUUCUUCCACAACUUCAUCCCCACUCGUGGUGUCCCUUUCAUUAUCGGAAGCUUGUAACAGUUGAAGUUUUCAAGGAUCAAUUAGUUCCGUGUUACCGUGUCUAACACUCUAAGACAUAAUAACCAUGUGCAGCAAUUUUGUAAGUAUUCCAAAAAAAAAAGAAAAGAGGAUUGAGUGAUUGAGUCGGGAAGAAAUCCUGAAAGAGUCGAGAUAACUUUGGAAACCAAAUCAGCAACAAUCAUUGUGCUUUACCUUGUAGACUUAAAAGUUGCUAGCUAAACGUUUCAUCCACGACAAAAUGCAAUUGAAAGAACAAUUACAUGUAGAGUUUUUAAGUCUUACUUCACUGUUGGAGUUUUUUUCUCGGCAUUCACUGUUAAAGCAGAACUAAACAAUGAUGAAACUUUUUUUUUUUUCCCACAGUGAUAUUACUAUGGUAUUCAAAAAAAGUCAGUAACUGUUUUGUAUUAACAGUGGGUUAUUCACAGCCAGUGCAGAAUGUGUAAUAUAAAGCUCUUUGUUUAUUGUUUUGUUUUUUAAUCUUCUUUCCAGAAAGUAUACUUUGGUGUGUGUGUAAUAUGCACAUGUAAAUAAAUGAGGAUGUACACUUCGAGUGUGGACUACAAUACAUUUCGUAAUAAUUAUGGUAAUAGCUGGUACGAGGGCCUUUAAAAAUAAAAACUUGAAGUAUUGGUUCGCUGAAGGUAGACUAGCUCAGGAGUUUGAUAGCACUGCAUUAUUUUGCAGAUAUAAAUCGUAUCCUCGUGAUUGUGUGGGUGCCGUGUAUUCAUCAGUACUGAUCUUUCUUGUUUUUUUUUUAUAUAUUGUGAUUCAAAUGAUCAUUUUGAAGUCAUUUGAGUAAUAAUCUACGUGGAUCAGUUUUGAGCAGGUAUUUUUUUUUUCUUGGUAACGUUAAAAGAACUAUUACAGUAGGUUAAGUUAUGAAUUGAGGAAAUAAGGACAUUUACUACUUUCCACUUCAUUUUUUUUUUUUAAAAAACGAAGUUAUAAAUUGUAUACCAGCCAUUGUGUGGUUGCCUACAAAAAACAUCAUAUUAGCCUGAGAAUUUAUAUGUUAUGUAGUUUUACUUCUACACACCAAAUAAAAGGACGAAUUAUC